ACAUAAAUUAUUUUAAGAAAUGAAAUCUCCCAUUUUGGCACAGUGUGUCCUUCAACGUGGACUUUCCUUGUCCAGUAUCCAUUGCGGCUCCUCAGCAGCCAUGAUUGUGCCUGCCAGUGGCCUUUAUAAGCAUGAAGAGCCAGCAAGUCAACUUUCCUCAUCUAGAAAGAUUAAUCGAAGCGACAAUUCAAGAACAUAUUGUUUCGACAGGGUUCACGAAACUCGACUAGAAGUAAGUCUAAAGUCAGUGUUAAACUUAUUUCUUCUUGGAAAAUUUAGGGUUGCGUGGGAAUAUGGGAAUACGACUUUUUUUAAUUCAAUCUUUAAACCAAUCUUAAAAAGAUUGAGUGGAACGAAAAGUCUUUGCCCCAAACAGAGAAGCAGACGAAAAAGUAAGUCUUCUAGAAGUGAAUUUGCAAUCGCUGGCAAGAACAUAAUUUUUGUUGGUGGUCUGGGCUGUAUUGGAAUGCACACCUGUCGCGAGAUUGUCAAGAAAGGGCCGAAGAACCUGUUGAUCCUUGAUAAAAUCGAGAAAUCGGAAACAAUUAAGAAUUUGCAAGAACUGAACCCGGAGACGACGACAGUAACUUAUUAUCCUUAUGAUGUAACAGUAUCCUUGGUCGAAAGCAAAAAGAUGCUCACAACAAUCUUCGAGAAGUUCAAGAAAAUAGAUUUGCUUAUCAAUGGCGCUAGCAUCCUGGACGAUCAUCAGGUUGAGGAAACAAUUGCUGUGAAUUUCACGGGUAUGAUGAACACCAUUAGCGCUCUUAUGGAUUUCUGGGAUAAGCAAAAAGGCUGCUCUGGUGGAGCUAUAGCCAACAUCUGCUCAGUGGCUGCCUUCAAUCCGAUCUACCAGUUGCCAGUUUACUCUGCCUCAAUGGCUGCCGUGUUUAGCUUUACCAAUUCCUUGGCGAAACUGGCGCCAAUUACUGGUGUAACAGCAUACUCAAUUAAUCUGGGCAUUAUGAGAGCAUCACUGGUGGGACAAUACAACUCCUGGAUGGAUGUGGAGCCAUGUGUCGUCCACUUGCUUCUCCAACAUCCCACACAGACACCAACAAAUGCCGCCAGGAAUUUUGUCAAGGCCAUUGAAGCCAAUAAGAAUGGCGCCAUUUGGAAACUGGAUUUAGCCGAUCUGGAAGAAGUCAAAUGGACUGGAUUUAAGCAUUGGGAUCCACGCAUUUAAAGUGCCUCGUAGCUUUUUAAUUAUCUAUCAAAUUGAUUUGAUAAGUUAAUUACUAAUAUUCCAAUUAGAUUUGAUUUUGCGUAUGUAAAAAGCAACUUAAA